CCUCGCCCUCGCCCUCGCCCUCAUCACGGGAUGUAAUUUGUAAAGCUUGGGCCUCAAACUCAAAGGCGCUCCAGUCCAGUCCACCAUGGAAGCUCUAGGCCAUUGGCUGAGGAAGAAGGCAGAGAGGCUUAGACAAGGCUCUCUAUUCUCAACUCUCUCAUCAGAUCAUUCAGGAAUUUCAGGAAAAGAAGAGAGAUUAUUUAUUGAAAAUGGAAGGAAACUAUUAGAGAAGAUAAUAGCAUCUUUCAAUGGUCGAUGUAACCCUAUUCGUAGCUUCUCUGCUGAAGAUCUUCAAAAAGCUACAGAUUAUUUUCAAUCAUAUUGCUACAGCAAUGAUUUUGAUUGGUUUGAGGGCAUUUUGGAUGGUCGAUUGGUUUUAAUUAAGAAAUAUAAAGAUUUUGAAUAUGAUGGACAUGGUGCGUGCAACAAUGCUUGGUCUUACCCUUUAGUUUUUCGUGACAAAAAAGAAGAAGAAGAAGAUGAUGAUGAUGAUUUUGAUGAUGUUGGGGUUUUUCUUGACAUCUCGACAAGCUCACAAAUGAGUAGCCAUAAAAAUGUUCUCAAGUUACUUGGUUGUUGCUUAGAGUUCCCUAUUCCAAUGUUAGUUUAUGAACAAGCUGAAAAUGGUCCUCUCAAUGUGUGCGGAGGCAUAGGUAGUUCCGAAGGAUUAUCCUCGUUGUCUUGGAAGAUAAGAUUGAAAGUUGCAAAAGACAUUGCAAAUGCUCUAACAUACCUUCACACUGCAUUUUCUAGGCCUAUCAUCCAUAGGAAUGUAAAGCCUCAAAAUAUUUUCUUGGAUAAAGAUUUUGUGGCCAAAUUAUCUGAUUUUUCGGUUUCUAUUUCAAUCCCAGAAGGAGAAACAUAUGUAAAAGAUGAAGUAGCAGGAACACAGGGGUUUGUAGAUCCUGUUUACAAGUCUACCAAAUCUGUUACCGAGCAAAGUGAUGUCUAUAGUUUUGGAGUAUUUUUGCUUAUUCUUUUAUCAGGUCGACCGGCUUAUGAUGAACUCCUUCAUGACUUGAAAAAGGAAGAAUUUGAUGAGAUUGUGGAUCCUAAAAUUGUGGAAGAGGGAGGGAUUUGUGGAGAGCAACAAAUUCAAUUGCAAGCUUUCUUAGAGUUAGCAUUGAAAUGUGUUGAAGAUAAAAGAGAAGAUAGACCAUUAAUGAUUGAAGUUGGAAAAGAACUCAUGAGGAUUGAGAGAGGUUCCAAAGCUUCAUCUAGCUAGUUGACCAAUAUUUAUUUAACUUUCUUAAUGAGUACUUAUAUAAUUAUCUUGUUCUAGUUUUUUGGUCUUUAUGAAGAGUUUUUGUGUUAGAAAUACUUAAGGGUGUGAUUGGCAUUCAACACCAAAAUUGUGUAAUUUUAGCACUAUAUUUUUUUCCAUUCCUAAAACAACCCUAAAAUUUACACUAAAAAUUAUAUUCUAUAUUAUUUUAUCUAAUGUAUACAUAUAUAUUUAUUAUUAAAUACUAAUAUAAAAAGUAAAAAAGUAAAAAAAAAUUUGUCCCGACUAAUUGUAGCUUGACAGCAUAAUAAUUGGACAAAUGCAAUUGGAUUGGAUUUGCUUUUGUGUCUUUUUAGUACUAUAUUUACUGUUUUGCAAUCCAAUUGAAGCUGCCUUUAAAAAUCACUUUUAUGUGUAUUAAGCUUUAAAAAUUCUUUUGAAAUAUUGAUUGGAUAUUUUAGUCAAAUGAGCUUUUAGCUUUAAUAAGUUAUUUCUAAAGAAGCUACAAAAUGUAACUCAUUGUAAAAGUGUUUUUUAACAAGCUUUUGACAACCAAGUCCUAAACCUUUUUACAAGAGAUUGGGACUAUACCUGUGCGCACAAUACCUGCUUUUAUUGAUGUUGCUAGCAUUGAAGAAGAGAAUGUUAAGGAAAAGAGUGAUGUCUAUAGCUUUGGAGGGUUUCUACUUGUCCUUCUCACUGGCCGGAAUUUUUAUGGUCAAUAUGAUAAUGUUUGUGACUCUGUCAAAGAUUUGGUUGGAGUGGGAAAGUUCAAUGAGAUUACAUAGACACUGAAAUUUGGGAAGAGUUGGGAGGAAUAGGGAAUGUUAGUGAAGAGCAACUGCAGCAACUUGAAGAUUUUCUCAAAUUGGCCUUGAGAUGUAUUGAAACUAUUAGAGAAGAUAGGCCACUGAUGGUUCAAGUGUCAAAAGAGCUAAGACGUAUUGCAAGAUCAGUAUAGUUAUUCUUGAUGAAGUAUUAUGUAAAAAAAAUUCAUAUAAUAUAUAAAGAAUGUGAUAGGUUAUGUUAUUUUGUUA